AAUGACCUCAUCCCUGCUUCAAGUUUUACUGAACAGAAACAAAAACCUUCCUCUUGUGCAUGUUAUUUUUUAAAAAAGAAAAGAAAAACUUUGCUUUUUCUGCUUCUCGUAUCGUGUUAAAUUUACAAAUAGGUCGCCAGCGUUAAGAAUAUUGGACGUAGAGACUUUGAAGCACGUCGGAGCUUCGAGUUUGUUGAAGUUUUCCAGUUGGAAUAUUGAGAUGCAGAUAUAAGUGAAGAAUGAUGUAAUCUUAAAUUGACCCUUCGCACUUAUGAGACGAUGGCAUUCUCAGGCAAUCCACAGUGAGCCUGUUAAUCCAGUAAGGAGCAUUGCCAGUAAAAAAAAACUUUACAAUUUAUAGAUCAUUGAAAUGGAUUUUACAUUUCUACGUCAAUUACAAUCUACAUGACAUCAUUAAGUUUCUGCUAUAAUGAAGUGGCUAAUUCUUUGAAUACAACUAACCCAUAAUUUGGGGACAGCACUGUGCUACCAUGGAUGAUGAAAAAUCUAGGACUCAGAUGGUAACUGCUGAGAAGCUGGUGGGACUACUGGAAAAUGACAUAGAGAAAGUGCUAGUUAUUGACAGUCGUUCUUUUGUUGAGUACAAUGCCUCGCAUAUUUUGUAUGCUGUGAAUAUUAAUUGCUCAAAGCUCAUGAAAAGAAGACUUGAACAAGACAAAGUACAAAUCAUAGAACUCAUCCAGCAUUCUGCAAAACAAAAGAUUGAGUUUGAUGCCAAACAAGAGGUAGUUGUAUAUGACCAAUGCACACAGGAUGUCAGUCGGCUGUCUUCGGACUGCUUUCUUUCUGUUCUUCUGAGCAAACUGGAGAAGAAGUUUAACAACGUGUUCCUCCUGACGGGUGGAUUUGCCACAUUUUCUUCUAGCUUCUGUGGCCUGUGUGAAGGAAAAUCCUCUUUGGUGCCGACAAGCAUUUCCCAGCCAUGCCUACCAGUAACAAACACUGGUCCAACCCGAAUUCUUCCUCAUCUUUACCUUGGCUGCCAACGAGAUGUGUUGAAUAAGGAGCUAAUGCAGCAGAUUGAUAUUGGCUAUGUACUCAAUGCAAGUAAUACAUGUCCAAAACCUGACUUUAUCCCAGAGAGCCAUUUUCUACGAGUUCCAGUAAAUGACAGCUUUUCUGAGAAGAUCCUGCCUUGGCUUGACAAAUCAGUUGAAUUUAUAGAGAAAGCAAAGGCAUCAAAUGGCUGUGUAUUGGUGCACUGCUUGGCUGGAAUUUCCCGUUCUGCCACCAUUGCUAUUGCUUAUAUAAUGAAGAGGAUGGACAUGUCACUCGAUGAAGCAUAUAGAUUUGUCAAGGAGAAGAGGCCAACCAUUUCACCCAACUUUAACUUUCUUGGUCAAUUGCUGGAUUUUGAGAAAAGACUGAAGACUCCAUCUGGCCAAACAGGAACUAUUAGCAAAUUAAAACUCCUGCAGUUGGAGAGACCCGUGGAACAGAGAUUGGCCCAGGACUGUGUCCCUUUUGAUACAAUACUAGAGAAGCAGCCCUCCACUACCUCAGCCCCUAUGGAUCGGAACCCAACCACACCUGCUUUACCUUUGUCUGCACUUAUGGAAUCCACUGUUUCCAAUGUGGAAGGAGAAUGUCUUUUGGCUCAAGAAAUCAAUGGCCUUAGCCUGUCAGUAGACAGACUGGAGGACAACAACCGGCUGAAACGCUCGUUUUCGUUGGACAUAAGGUCUGCAUCACAUCCUGUGAGCGGUGCAGGUGCAAGUUCUGUACCGAUUGCUGCUUGUUCAGAGGAUAGUUGCAGUCCUGAGAAGGAAUCAAAUGCAGCUGAAUCAAGCAGGUUCUGUUUCUACUCAUCAGUGCAGACAGAGGUGGAGCAGCUUCCAGAACACAUUAAACCCACUCUGAUGGAUGUAAACACAAAGCAAACACAAACCAUAUGGGAACAAGGAGCACCAGGAAGUACAGUUAUUCCAUCUGCACAAACCACAGUGCCCAGAACACUGCUCUCCCCACUACACAGAAGUGGAAGUAUGGAGGAUAACUACAAAACAAACUUUCUAUUGGAUCUUUCUGGUAACCAACAGCAUUUAGCAACUUCUGCAGCAGGAAUGGGGCUGAAAGGAUGGCACUCGGACAUAAUCUCACCUCAAACAUCGACUGCGUCAUUGGCCAACACCUGGUACUUUGCAACUGAGGCACUGGCAGGACAACCUCCUCGUUUUCUGUCAAGUUCUGCACUGUUCAGCGGUGCAGCAGCUUACCCGACCUUUAGCUGCAGUCAAUUACAAUCAGGCUGUGACCAGUCAGCAACAGUGCGCCGGCGUGAGAAACACUGUGACCGUCGGGAUUCCAGGCGCAGCUGGCAUGAGGAAAGCCCAUUUGAGAAACAAUACAAACGGCGCAGCUGCCAGAUGGAAUUUGAGGAAGGUAUGAAUGAAAACAGGUCCCGGGAGGACCUGAGAAAAAUUGGAAGUCAAUCCAGCUUCUCUGGUAGUAUGGAGAUCAUUGAGGUUUCCUGAGGAAAUGCUAAAAUGAAAACUGCAAUGAUUCACAGGUAUAUAAUUUCUCUAAAACAGAAUCACAACCAGGGACUUGAAAUUGUUGCUUGAAUGCUUUGUUCAUCAUUUAAUUCAACACAUUUCUUACCUAAUCCAUGCAAUGGUGCAUUAAUUAUCAGGCUUUCCUUACACCUUUGGAAAAAUCCCAGUUAUCAUUAGAUAAAUGUCCAAUAAUGCACUUUGCCUCUGAAGACUGAGCCAAGUUCUAUGGAUAUUUUUGUUUCAAAUUCCAGACAAGCUGGCAGAAUCUGGAUUUCUGUGUGUAGUCAUAGCCUUCAAUGCAAAUUACUUUGCAUCUGUACAUAAAUGGUGUAGCUAUCUUGAUUGAAUUUAAGUAUAGGUAAGGUUGCCAGUGCUGCUUAGAGCAAAUACCUCAAAUUUAAAGCUUAUACUGUAAGUAGGUAUUCAGCAAAUCAGAUCUCAGGUCAGUCUUGAUACAGGCGAGAUUUACAGUUUUUGGCUAGAUUUGAAUUUAAACUCAAUGUGGACUGCUAAAUUAGCACUAAAAUGUCUGUGUGUACAUUUAAUUUUGAUCAGAUAAGUGAGGAUAGUAUCAAAAUCAAGUAGAGAUGUAAAUGAAGCAGAUGUGAAUUCUAUGCAGAGUGCAUGAGUUGCAGAUGAAGAGGAUGCUGUGGGUGUCCUCUUGUGGAAAAGUGCUGGAAACUUGUUCAGGAUGGUACAAAGUGUUUGUGCAUGUUGGAACUAUUUUGUUCAAAUGUGUAAUGUAUGAGAGAUAUAUGGAUAACAUUGCUUAACCAGGUGAAAUGUUGAGCAUGUGUUGAAAUAAAAUCUAAGAUGGUACCUGUUA